GGAGGUGGGACUUGCACCUGUUGCUUGACAGGUAGACGCAGGCAGGGAGGGAAGAAGAUAGAUUUUAAUUUUAUCCUCGGGCCACAACCUGAAAAUUGUCCCAUCCGUCAAGUAUAAUAGCAGGAGAAGACGAUACCAGCAUCCUGGCAAGUCCAAGAGCUUAGGCAAAAGAAACAAGACUUGCUACAGCAUCUUCUGUGAAGAAUCAGCUUUAGGUGAGUGAAGCUGAUGUCCCUUCCAGCAAUUACCUGCUUGUCUCCACUACAUACUAUCAUCUUCCCUUUCAGUCAAGGCUUGGCGUGGGAUUGGAAGCUCUUCAAAUUCCACAUGUACACACUGCUCGUCCCUUGUUAGCCUACAACUAUGUUUAGAGGCAUUCCUGAGGGAUUGGUGUGCUGCCUUGUGCUCAGAUACCUUCAGGAUAUGAGGAUGUGUGGAAAGGAGACGGGGUCUUUCCUCAAAGCUGCUCUUCCUCAGAUCACCACCACCACCAUUAUUUUAACUUCAUUUAAUAAUGGCUUCCUAGGAAACAUCUGUUGCAACUGUGAAACUGCUAGCAGAUUUGCAGAGCUAAGCAGAGUCUGGUACGGUUUCAUAUUGGAUGGGGGACUGUGUGUUGAGAUUCCUGCAUUGCAGAGGGUUGGACUAGAUGAUCCUCAGGGUCCCUUCAAACUCUACCAUUCUAAUACAACAUGAUCUCCAAGUGCCUGGAAGCAUUCCGCUAUGUCUGCCCUUGUUCAGUAGCCCCAUAGACUUAGCUGUGAUUCUUGCAUAGCAGAGGGCUGGACUAGAUGACUGUGGGGGGACCCUUCCAACUCAACAAUUCUACGGUUCUAAAAGCAGGAAGGGAUGAGAAGGAGUGCGAGAGGUCCGUUCCCAUAUGGGUUAAUGCUGAAUAGCUGACAAUCCAAGCUGGCUGUAAUCCCUUCCUGGCCACAGGCAAUCCAGCAAAACACAGCAAGCAGUGUGUUAGAAGCCAUCGUGUGCCAACAGCAGCACAGAUCCCAGGCAAGUACCGCUUAGAGCACACAGCUGCUCUUUCGCCUGCUUGGCAUAUAAGUGACGUGGAUGGAACCAUGGACUUGGAUGCCUCUGCCCAUGGAUCCACAGGGUACAAUCGGUUGUUCCUCCAGGAGUUCAAACUUCACACACAGGUAGAAUGGAAAGGCUUGUGUGUUGCACGGAGAGGGUGGGGGAAUUUAUUCAACUCCUCCUGGUCUUCCUACAAGUCACUGAGCUUUGAUUUCUGCAUCAAUGCAGCCUCAGCUGGCAACGUGCCCUGAAGAAGCCUGUUCUCCUUAUGGUUUUAACAGUGAUCUCAUGCUCUGUCAGGCUUGGCCUGACACGGUCAGGCUGUGUCUGGAUCAGGCCCCUCCCCUCUCUGACCACCUGGUUCUGCCAAGGCAAGGCUCAAGUAGCCACUGAUCUAGAUGUUAAGCAAUUGGCCAGAAUAAAGGGGAUCUGUUACAAGAGGAGCAGGGAUUUUUAGCUAUCCCCUUAGUUCCCUGUAAUGUAGUAGUACUUUUACUGAACAUCUUCCAGAUCUCUUAACUGACGCAGCAACAAGAGUUUAAACUGGCUUUUAAAGAUAGCCUGGACCCAUGCAUGUUUAAAAGUUUACUCACGAGGCAACUCCUACUGACUUCUAAGUAAGUGUGCAUAUGAUUGCAGCCUUAGAUAGUGGUGGAUUUUAACAGUAAGAUGCUCGUAUGAUUAGACCUCACUUCGCUUUGACCCAUGAGCCACAUUUCCUGCGUAUGCUCAGUCCUGAUACCUGACUGAUAUCUCCAAAGUGCAGUUAUCUUUAGUGCUGAGCUGAAACAGGGUAGUGGUGCAUUUUGUGGAGAUCUCUGGCCCCUCUGAUACGAUGCCUUGCUUUUUCAUCCAUUUUUUACAUUCCUCGGCAAAAGGGGAUGAAUAAACUGUAAGAAGGUGGAUGCCGGAGGAAGAGUGUGCAUGCCUCUGUUGCCAAAGCAACAGGGCAAACGUUCCCUCAGGCUGGGAUGCACAUGCGAAGUGCCUCCCAUUGAAAGGAAUGCAAUGCAGAGACAAGAUAUGCAGGUGUCAUUUCUCUGGACUGCAUUGCUUCCAAUGGGAUGCGCAUCUCAAGGCGAGAGAGUUUCUCCCCGUUGCACCAGUGGCGGUACAGGGAAACCAUAUUUGUGAACAGGCCCUUUAAAAAAGGAUAAAAGAGGAUGAAGGUAAGGGAUUUUAUUUAUUGUGAAAACUUUCAAGUGGCAGCUUUUACAGUGAAAAAUCGUAAUGAAAAUGCAUCAUAGCAUUGUGUUGCUCUGCUUUUAGCAUAUCCUCCUACCAGUGUUUGGCAUUUCCCCACCACAGACAUGUAAUGGUAAGAGAGUGAGAUGGUGCUUUAUUGUGCAAGAAGCUUUAAACUCUGCCAGCUUAGACAGUGGGAUGCAAAGCUCCCUCUCCACAAGGGCUGUCUUCAGUCAUUCACAUUGCUGUAUACAGUCGUACCUUGGGUUACAGACGCUUCAGUUUGCGUGUUUUCGGGUUACGGACACACCGAAACCCGGAAGUACCAGAACAGGUUACUUCCGGGUUUCGGCGCUCAUGCAUGCACAAAAGUGCUAAAUCGUGCUUUGCGCAUGCGCAGAAGCGCCAAAUUUCAACCCGCACAUGUGCAGACAUGGCGCUGCAGGUUGCAGAUGCUGCGGGUUGCGAACGUGCCUCCCGCACGGAUCACAUUCGCAACCCGAGCGUCCACUGUACUCCAUAGCAGGAGUGGGGAACCUCAGGCCCAGGCACCAAAUGCAGCCUUGGGACUCUCCCUAAGCUACACCCCACAUGGGUCUUACCCCACACCUUUCUUUUGUGCUUUUGCUUGGCUGGACUGUGCCCUAGGCCUGUCUUGAUUGAUUUUGUUUGUCUGGAUGGGAGAUAGAGAGAUGUGUGUACAUGUGGAAUGAGGCCUACUCAUAUGUGGAAUGAGGCCUACUUAUUUGUUGUUCUGUCCACUCUUUAAAAAAAUUCCAUUUACAGUCAUACCUCGGGUUACAGACGCUUCGGGUUGCACGAUUUCGGGCUGCACACUGCGCCGAACCCGGAAGUACCGGAACGGGUUACUUCCGGGUUUCAGUGCUUGCACAUGCGCAGAAGAGCAAAAUCAUGCUUUGCACAUGCACAGAAGUGCCUAAUUGCAACCUGCGCUUGUGCAGACGCGGCGCUGCGGAUUGCGGACGCGGCGGGUUGCGAACGUGCUUCCCACACGGAUCACGUUUGCAACCCGAGCGUCUACUGUAUAGACUGCUUUACUAUCCAAUGCACCUUGAAGAAGUUUACAUACAGAAUAAGCACUGUUAAACCAUAUUGAAUGAUUCACAUUAAAAAACCCAUAAAAAUAUACAUAUCCUAAAAAAGUAAUACGCCUUUGGCCCCACCUACUUUUGCUUCUGAUCUUGCCCACCUCUGGCUUGCGGCCCUCAGGCUGUAAAGGGUUCCUUAUCCUGCUCUGUAACAGGAAUUGGGAGCCUGUGGAUCUCGCCAUUCCCAUCAGUCUUGUGGGAUGUUGCGAGUUGUAGCGCAACAUCCUGAGAGCCACCGGCUCCCCACUCCUGCUAUAAAGUCACAAAUGGUACUAUACUAUACAGUAUGUAAAAUACAGGUCAGUCCUAGGCAAAAGGUAGACAGCAAGAAGCUGAGUGGCUUUGAGAAGAUUAAGGGGCAGCAUGCAGAUUUAGCAAGCACUGCAUUUACUCAUGAAAAUGACUCUGUUUUCUGUUCUGUUCCUGCCAUUUUCAAUAUCCUUCAAUCUCCUGUAGCUGUAGAGGCUGCAAAGAUAUUCCAAGGUCGCCUUGGCAGGGAUGCACUUGCUUGGGACAGUAGCAUUUCUGUCUGUUAAGUAUGGGAAUAUGGGAAGUAUGUGCUCGCCUCCCAUAUGUUAAGUAUGGGAAUACUUAACAGCCAUUUCCUUGAGAUCCCCUGGAGGGAGACGUCAGGCGCACUGGCGGACGAAGGUGGGGGCAUGGGGAGUGGUCCGCCCCAGGUGCCGUGCCGAGGGGGAUGACAUCGCGGCCACCCCCGCCCCCCUGGGACGCUCGGCGCUCACCCCCGGGACACUCGCAGGGCAUGCCCUGGCAUGUGCGCUGCCUGCCACGCACCCCCCUGCCACGCGCCACACACCCCGCAGGUGGUGCUCUACGCCCCCUGGGACGUGUGCCAGCCACACCCCCAGAUGUACACCGCUCCUGGUGCCAGAGCAGCUAGCUCCACCACUGGUCAGGAGAGCAAGGUGUUUAUGUGUGAUUACAUGCCGAGACAACUGAUAAAUGGUUUGCAUCUGAGCGGGGGGGGCGGGGGGCUUACUACACAGAAGGUCCUAGCACCCCAUCCAGGUCUCCGUUCUUCCUAGACAAAGACUUGCGUCUCAAGGGUUAAGGCAGCCUUGACGCAAGGAUCUAUUGUUCAACAAGCCGGAGAGCCAGUUGGUGACAAGAGGCAGAUGCUGAUGAGGAACCAUGUGAGGCUGGUGCUGUGAAUGGGGCUUUAUUACUUUGUGGGAUCCCUGCCCUCUGCCACUAUCCUUGCUGCCAGCACUAGAGGCGAGCACAGCUCUGCUGGGGGAUGUUGUGGCGAUCUGAUCCAGGAGCCCUAAUGCAGCUAAGCUUUGGCGGACAAGGCAGGUACUCGUACAAGACAGGUGCACCAUAGCACCAGGGGCAAGCUUGCUGAGGGGAGAUCCCAGACUGCAGCACCAGUGAGUGGAAUCUAUUAGAAUUCCUGGAGGGGGGUGCUGCUUAUGAGGGCCCAUUAACCCAUCCCCAUUAGGGCUGCCAUAUGUCCAGAUUUCCCCAGACAUUACCGGGAUUUCAAAGGCAAAUUUGACAUCUGGGGGGAAUUUCCAAAAGGCGGAGCUUUGUCCUGGAUCUUAGGCAAGUCAAUUUGGGGGUCUUCAGCGUGGCCUAGUUUUUUACUUUUUGAAAUAUGGCAACCCUAAUCCUCAUUGGAAGUGGGAUGUCAUUGUGAAGGCCCCCAUGUGGAAGAUCACUUCAAAGAAGGAUCUUUUUUAUCAGCCCUGUGGAAGAUGGAGUCUCAUUUUAAGUAUCCACUGGGAAGAGGCUUUAUUGCAGGGGUAGCUUUAAUGAGGUCCAUCAAUUUAGCCCUUGUGGUCAGAUAUUGAAAAAGUGUAGCAACUGGGGCUGCUAAUACUUUUCUGAAGAUUGCUAGCUUCUACUAUUCAUUCAUUAUGCUGAAUACCCUGAGCAUCUAAGGAACCAGCUAUUUUUGCACAUAUUGCAUGUAUUUUGCAAGAAGAUAUACCUUUUUUUAAAAAAAUAAAAUUGUGCCUUUAUUUCACAGAAUGAUCACCAACUCUAGUAUUAUACAAAAUACCACCUUUCCCUUUUUUGUUUUCCAAAACAUUCUUGAUUUUUAUUGAUAAGAAGUUCUAACCUAACUACUUACAACUUUCCAGCUGCCUACUCUGCAUACUGUAGUCCUACAUUCAUAAGCUGUCAUGUGAAAGGUAUUGCAGAUUUCUGCUUACUUUGGUUGCUUUUUUCUGCACAUAAACCAGGCCUGUUAUCUUCCACUAAGAUUCAUGAGGUAGGCAGAAUUUGUAUAGGAGCAAUGUUGGUAUUUGGGGACUACUUUGAUUUGUCUUGCUUAAUAAUCUCUAGCAACUGAUUUGCUUUUCUAGGUGUUAAGCGUGCAGAAGCAAUAUUUAUCUUUCUUGAAUGGUAGCAGGGUAGGAUACAUGACGCAGGUAUUCUUCCCCAUGCUAUUCCCACAACUUUGCUCCUAAGCAACCUUGUGGUUGCAGUCUUGUAACUACUUACCUGGGAGUAAGCGCAGAUGAACUAAAUAUGCAUAGAAUUUUACUGCACAUUUUAGCUGCUACUGACCUCUUUACUCUCUUCUUGCAAUCAUUUGCAGUUGUGUUGGCACACUACUUCUCAUUGUGGGUUUGCCCCUGGGUUUUAUUUUUGCUGACUCUUUUGAAGCUUUUGACUUUGUGCUGUUGUUUUAUCUGCUUUUUUAUGUUGUGAUUUUGCCUGCAGUUUUAAAUUACUUGCUUCCCGUGGAUAUUGUGAACAGAUUUGAAAAACCACAAUGGCUGAAGAUUGUUUUGAAAAUCAGUUUAUUAACAAUCAUCUUGAACCAUUUGCAUCAUCUGUAAAUGUUGCUACUUUGCCUCACAUUCUCUCCAGAGUGCAAAUGAACUAAAAACCCGCAGACAAAGUAGGAUAUGAUGAUUUAAAAAUCGUAUGUGAAACCCAGCUCUCUCUUUGCCUCUUCAAGCCCAAAUCUCCUUAGCCAUCAGUGCCACUUCUCCUGCAUAUAGGCUUUACUUUCUUGAACCCCUGGUGGUCGUGACUUCUUUGGAUUACAUUAGGCGUGCUAUUGUACUAAGGAACCUUCCUGCACUGCUGUGAAAAGCUAUAAGGAUGUUACUGUUUGGAAAGCGAACACCUCCUUUAAUCUAUUUCUAGACUGCAAAGUGAAUCAACAAUAUACAGUAGUAUCUUGGGUUAAGAACCUGAAGCGUCUGUAACCUGAAGCGUAUGUAACCCGAGGUACCACAGUGGUGCUUCAGAUUACAGACUCCGCUAACCCAGAAACAGUACCUCAGGUUAAGAACUUUGCUUCAGGAUGGGAACAGAAAUUGUGUGGUGGCGGUGUGGCAGCAGCAGGAGGCUCCAUUAGCUAAAGUGGUGCUUCAGGUUAAGAACAGUUUCAGGUUAAGAACCUCCAGAACGAAUUAAGUUCUUAACCCGAGGUACCACUGUACAACUUUUAAAAGAUUUCAGUACAAUCUUGUGCUGCUCUGCUAUAAUAGACCCGAUAAGAAAGGGAACUUUUUCUGCCCUUUGAAGAUCAAAUGUGUUGAGGUUGUGUGUAUGUGUGCAAGCAUAUGUAUGCAGACUUGCAUGGGUUGGGGGUUUUUUUGCCAAGUCUUUGACGUGGGUGAAAGAAAGCCUAGUUUCUCCCCUGUUUCCAGCUACCUCCUGCCUUUGGAAACCUGCUGGAGAGGGACUGUGAGCAACCUCUUGGGAGAGGUGAAUGGAGGAGCAAGGCAAAACUGUCAAGAUCCCUUGUUAUUUUUGGUAUUGCUAGGAGGUAUAGUGUUGCUAAUGUAAUCUUGCUAUAUUUAUAGUACUGAAAUGUGUUUUGUAUGUUCUUAGAUUUGCAGUUAUGCUGUUGUUUAUUAUGCUAUUAUGGAAUUAUUCUUACGACGGUUGAUUUUCAGAUGUGGUUCAUUUUUAUUUCUUGUAAAAUGGUUCUUUUGUGGAAAGGCAGCAUACAAAUAAGAUGAUUAUUACUGUGAUUUUAGCAGUUCUGGAUUUAGUGCAAGGCCAUCUUUGGCCCCGAUCCAGAGAGUUGUUCAUAACCAGGUAUUGCAUGCAACUAUAAAAAUGAUGUAAUAACCAAAUGCACUGGACCAAGAAAGCAGAUAUGUACCCAUGUUCAGUAGCAUCCAGUGCUGAUCUAUACACAUGUAAAGUGGAUUUCUCCAUUUGCUAUUUCUCUCCACAGACAAUAGGACCCUGUGCAGGUUUUUGUACAUGCGAAACAGCAAGAACAGCCCUAAAACAGAUUAAGUGUAGCUACACAUGAGAGAGCUGCAUAUUUGUCGAGACUAUCUUUGUUCAAAUAUGGAGGGGCCUGGAAGCAGUCUUCUGACAGUUUAACAUUGACUGGAAAGUUCUGAACAGUCUUGGAUAAGGUGUUUUGUUUUUUCAUUGCUUCUGUGACAGUAAUACAGUGGUGCCUUGCAAGACGAAAUUAAUUCGUUCUGCGAGUUUUUUCGUCUUGCGAAGCAUGGUUAUAACGGUAUUAACGGUUUUAAGAAAAAGGAAACAAACUCGCAAGACGUUUUCGUCUUGCGAAGCAAGCCCAUAAGGAAAUUCGUCUUGCGAAGCAACUCAAAAAACGAAAAACUCUUUCGUCUUGCGAGGCAUUCGUCUUGCGAGGCAUUCGUCUUGCGAGGUACCACUGUAUGACCGGAGGAUGUCUCCAAUGAUAAAAGCAUAUGAUAUCAUGUAUAUUUUAAAUAUGAAAAAAAAUCUGCUUUGGCUACUCACCCUUUACCAUUAUCUAAUGAAAGAACUGCCCAAUUCUAUUUAUUUUUCCAUCUCUCGUCUUCGUGCCAUAAGCAAAGCUGGGUGCAAUAACCAAUUGCCUCACUCCAGCACAGAUGUUAACACAGAGAAUAGAACUCAGAAUCCUGAGGAAUAACAGCAUUCAUCGUUUUCAAAAUGAUUCUAAGCACUGUGAAGAUAACAUUGUCCUCAAGAUGGGUGUGCAGCACAUGGUAAAAUCAAUAAAGGCUGAGGCAGAGAUGAGAACCGCAUUUCCUGUAUAGUUUUGGAGCUUCUCUAUGACAGAAUGAUUUGGAUUCUGCAAAAUGAGAAAAAUCUGCCCAAAUGGUUGGUUUGUUUUCAUAUGGAUAAUUCAAGUGCGAAUUACAAUUUACUUAUGAAAGCAGAAUUCUGCUUUUCUUGGCAUGUGGAGCUAGCUUUGGCAAAGUGCAGAAUUUUGAUUUAUUUUCCUAAGGCAUGGACAGGGCUGCUGCCCUGCCCAUAAAAAGCAGGUUUUACUUGCAUGGACAUUAGCUGACCCCAGAGGGAGUGGCAUUUUCCUUAUGACUCUUUUUUCUUUGGAACUCCGGGAGUGGAGUUUCAAGGGAAAGGAGGUGGAUCCCUCCCCUCUCUAGAGGCAAUCUUCAUUUCGUAACCUUUUGUCGUCAUUUCUUUUUUCAGAUAUGUGCCAGGAUCCCCGUGAGCUUGGAAGCAAAUGAGCUACAAGGCUGAACCAGCUUUUCACUUUUGGCUUCAAGAGCGAGGAGUCCUACAUUUCUCCUGUGCUGCACUUCUGACAGCAUACAGUAAUACGCCAGCUGCAGGCUUUUGGCUCUGGCACUGCUCCCUCACAUAGGAAGAAAAAGUGAAGGGUGCUGCCCUCUCCUGCUGGGAAAUGUCACACCCAUCCAGGCUUGCCAGCUGAAGCGGCAGCUCCAUCUGCAGGACCCACCUUUAUGUAGGAGCCAAUCCAGUGUCCAGCAUGCCUGAAUUAGAGCCGCUGGGUGUGCCCAGACCCCCAGCCAACGCCAGCCGGAUCCAGAGGAAUAUCCUGGAGGAACAUGUGGAGCUAUGGUGGUUCCAGGAGCCCAGAAAGUCAUUUGUCUGCUAUGGGGUAGCUGUGGCUCUGAUCCUUGCCUGUGGGGUAGGUGGCAUUGCACUGCUCUAUAGUACAAGCAGCCGCUCUGGGGAAUGGAGGCUGGCAGUGGGCACAACACUCUGCCUACUGGCGCUCUUGGUCUUACUGAAGCAGCUGCUGAGCUCGGCCAUCCAGGACAUGAAUUGCAUUCGCAGCCGAGAGCAAGUUGCGCUACUGAAGAGCGGCGGUGCCUCGGACUGUGCGGUGUUGCUCGUGACAUCCCUGGUGCUGCUGGUGUGUGGCACAGUCCUCACUGUGCUUUCCACCACCAGCGUUGGCAGCAACCCAACUGCCCAACGCCCCCUUGCCAGCAUGUUUGUCAGUGGCAUUGUGCUCACAGCCUCUGGAGCGAUCAUCCUGCUCAGCCUGCUGCUCUAUUUGAUGUGGACUUCUUGCUGCUCAGCUGUGCCUCCGAACCGGGACGCUGGGGACAACAGCACCCUCUUCACCAUCUCGGGACGCAUCUCAGCCGACCGGCGGCUCGCUCCUACCUCUAGCACAGCAAAUCUCAUUUAACCCUCAAGUAAACGCCUAGUGGCUGCCGCCGCCUUUGACCGCAGGGUUGAACUCUCAAUCUUGGACUGGCAUUUGCACUUUACGACAACCAGCCUGGCCCAGAUGCGUCUUCCUGUGCUGCACUCAGCAAUGUGCCGGAAUUUCUGCUGCAGAGCUGUGCUGCCAAGAUAGCGGCCUGGGCUUGUUGGCCAGAGACCACAACACAUAAGGAUGUUUUCGCUACUGAGUGCUGGGAGAUAAAGGUGUGGAAAUAGUCGACGUUCCAAAGAAGGGCUUUUCUAGCACAACAGUGAAAAUGGUACUAGAGGCUGUUCAAUUUGGAUAGAGUGUUUCUCUCACACACAAAUGUUCGUUUCACUAAUUAGUUUCCCCAACAUUUCUGAAGUGGCACCAGGCAUUACCCAAACCUUUUUCUUUUUUAAAAAAUAAUUUAUAUUGAUUUCCCCAACCUCUUAAUGUUUAUCUUUGCAGCCCCAAGGUCUACUUACUUUUACAAAAAUGAAUGAUGCAAUUAUACGGAAAUGGAAUUUGGUGCCCAAACCUUGUUUUUGUGUGAUGUGAUUGUCAUUAUCAUGGAAUGCAUACAGUUCUGUUUUGAAUGGAUAGUUACAUGGAGGCUGAGGGAUAACUAAGCUGCAUGGAGCAUAUAUCCUAACAGUUUUAUUGUCCUCGCCAGAACAGUGAAGACAGUGGCAGGCACGCACACACACACUUAGUACCCAGCAGGAUACAUGGAUGGGAGUGACAUUUCCUUGCUUGAAUGCUCCUGCGUACUCAGGAUUAGAAACAAGACCAUGGAAAUUGAUACCAGGAAUGUGUGCAUGUAUACAAGAUGAGCAUCAAUGUAUGAGUGGCGAAUACAGCUGGCAUUGGGGGACUUAGUUCAUAGAGUAUGAGGAAUUAAUAACUACUUUGCUUACUCAGGAGACCUCUCUGUAAGGGAAAUUAUCAAAGUUAACAGCCAAGUAGGCUUGCUCUGUCUGUCAGUUUCUAUCUAGAGCACCUUCCCAAAAGGUCUUGAAGUAGACUCACAUGUGGAUACAAAAAAUCAGUGGGUACAAUUUAUUUUGUGACCACAAUUGUGCCCAACUGAGUUUCCCCACACUAGUGUAACCAUAUCUCUUUAGCUUGAAUCAAUUCUUAACUUGAGGUGAGCCCCAAGCCCUGAUUUAUAAAGGAGCCCAGAAUCCACAGCCUCUGCCCUGAAUGAGUUGAUGCUCAACAGGCAGAGCAAGGGCAGUAUUUGCAACAGCUGAUAUAAUUUUUUUAAAGGGCCAGGAUCACUGAAAGGCUUACAAUAGAAGCAGAAGCAUGGCAAUGUCUCCCAUGAUAUACUACAGCAAGGCAGAAGGCUACACCUUCACAAUUUGCCCUUAUACCAAAUACAAACCACACAACUGUAUGCCAUCAGUAUGCAAAUUGGUGAAUCUAGGUAUUCUGUACAAAGCAACUCCAGAUUGUGCACUCAACAGUAAAUAAUACAAAUUAGGAACAACUUAAUGUUUCCUUUUCCAAUCCAAAUACAAAAUCUCAAGUUUCUUUUACAGGAGAUGUAAGGAAAUGAGAUAUGUGAAAUGUUAUGGUGGUAGUGGGGUCACCUACAGAGGAAAUGAGCUGCAAGAGAUUUAACUCAUACAAGUCUCAAGCAGUCCUUUAUUAUUAUUCUACUGCAGUACGAUGCAGCAGGAUACAUUUGUCUCAUUUAUUAAUGCCUCUGUCAGCUCCCCCAGUGCUGUAUCUAGGGAAUAAUGAUGAUGCUUGGGUCAGUCUCCCUCCCCCUUUUAAAUCUCAUUUGAUCAUGUGUGCACUGAAAACCAAUGUGAAAUAAAGUGUAGAAAUUGUAGUGGGUUUGUUGCUAGGCGUGUGGGCUACAUGCAGUUAUUCACCAAACUGGUUCAAGGCCCAAACUUAAAAGUGCACCUAUUAUUCAGGUCCAGGUGCUAUCAUAGCAGAUUUCUUUAGGAUACCUUAGUGAAUAAUAUGU